CGCCAGCUGAGAGGUAGGUGACAUGCUGAUGUUUAUGCUAUCUGUAUCCAUGUCACUUUCUUUCCUUGAAGCGUGUGGAAGAGAAAGAAGAAACUCUGACGACAGUGUGAAGUAAAGAACCUAGAAAGUAGAGAUACUAGAGAAGCUGAGAGACACAGGACUAGGAACGUAAGACACAAGUAUUAACCUCAGGAGAAGAGGCUAAGGUUAUCUCCAUAUUAGCCACACGUGACCCAGCCGUUGAUAAGGAAUCAAGAAAGGUGUCCUCUCCUUACUGCACCGUACACUGAGCUAAUGGAGGAGGUGCAGCCACUGUCAAGCUUGAAGGAGUUGAUGGAGUGGUCGAUGCCAUGUCUAACAAGUAAUAUUCAUAGAGAGAGGCUGAGGGCCCGACCACCCUCCUCACACCUGAGGACACUGGUGUGCCAUGACAUGAAGGGCGGCUACCUGGAUGACAGGUUUGUGUCUGGCACUAGUAACAAGGAUGCCUACCGCUUCUACCAUUGGUCUGGGGUGGACACGUUUAUUUACUUCAGUCACCAUCUGGUCACCAUUCCUCCUCUGGGCUGGAUCAAUGCUGCUCACCUGCACGGAGUCCCAGUUCUUGGGACUUUCAUCACUGAGUGGGAAGCAGGCAGUGCUGUGUGCAAGGACCUCCUUAACGAUGUCAAAACAGUGACACAGGUAGUGCAGAAGCUGGUGAACAUUGCCAAGUAUUACGGCUUUGAUGGGUGGCUCAUCAAUAUUGAGAAUGAAGUGCCCAUAGAUAAGGUUCCACUCAUGCUGAUGUUUGUGGAGAAGCUGACUGUAGCCAUGAGGAAUGUAAGGUAUGACAAAAACUGUCACCAUCGUGUCAUCUGGUAUGACAGCGUGACAAAAAAUGGGGAAUUGAAAUGGCAGAAUGAACUCAAUUCCCAGAACUAUGCCUUCUUUUUUGCCUGUGACGGAAUCUUUCUCAACUACACCUGGACAGAAGAUCACCUGGUCCGCAGCAGGAAGGCAGCGGGUAGCCGGCACAGGAACAUCUUUGUGGGCCUUGACGUCUUUGGGAGGAACUUUUAUGCUGGAGGGAAAUAUGACACUUGGAAGGCAAUGGAAGUAGUGCGUAAACAUGACCUCUCAGCUGCUAUCUUUGCUCCGGGGUGGACGUACGAGACACAGCCAGACUUCAUAGAGGCAGAGAGGCGCCUGUGGGAGUCUCUGUCACCCUUUCUUACUCACCAAGGAAUUGAGGACCUCCCAUUCACCACCUCCUUCUGUCAAGGAUUUGGGGAGCAUCUCUUUAUCAAGGGGAAGGUGGAGAAGGAAGGACCUUGGCACAACCUGAGUCAACAGCACCUGCAGCCUCUCUGGUCCCAGGAGGGUGAGGAGGAGGGAAGUUGCCGCCUGUCCUUGGUCACCCAGGAGGCAUACAAUGGCGGUGGGUGUCUGGGCAUCACCACACACUCACCCACCACAGUCAGGUUUAUGUUAUGUAACCUUGAGUGUAACCAGUUACUGAGAGUAACUGUGGCCUACAAAUGGAGCAGCCAGCCCACCACCCUCGCCUUCCUGUGUCAGCUCUCACCGAACGACACGUCCCUUCAACAGAGAAUUUUAGAGCUUGCAUGUGAAAAGGGUGAGGAAAAUGAUGAUGAGACUCAGGGAGAUGCACAUGAAGAGAAGGAAGUCAUUAGGUGCUGCCUAGAGACCAGCCAUGUGGAAAAUGGAUGGAAUAUCAGGAGUUUCGCAACCUUGGGAAUACAAAGAUACAAGAUGACCCUCUUGAUGCUCAGAUUGGGAGAUGCUGCUGAGCUACGGCUGGGACACUUGGACAUACUAAGUGAAAAAGUUCCAAAAGUUUGUCUCAAUUAAUUUUUGGCCAUACGUAUGAAAGAAAUGAGGGAGGGUGAAGCCUCAGACAUACGUAGGUUAGGAAGGGGCAAUGUGCCCUCCACGUAAAGUCAUGAGCUGGGCUUAAUGCUUUUGCAGUACACACACAGUGAUUGUAACAUCAUUACAUAUUUUUAGUACUGUCAUUAUUUUGUGUAUCAUUAUUUUUCUACGUGUGGGGCAGCAUUGUCUGUUAUCAGUCUUACUCUGCCUCAUGCUUGGUCUCCUGGAUUGGUUUGACUUGCAUUACUACUUAUGUGUUCUUAGUCUGCUGUUAGGUUAGGAAGGGAACCAAGAGUUCAAGGUAGGAGGAUCAUCACCAUUGUCCAGCUUUUACAGUAAAGUUCAUGAGAUGGCAGAUAAUGGAGAUAGUUAUGAUAUCCUAUACCUGGGUUGUAGUAAAUCAUUUGACAAGGUACCCAAUCAUAGGCUCUUGAGAAACAUUGGGUGUAUGGGACAGAGUGAGAAGUAUUUGGCUGAAUAAAAUCAUGACUAGGCAAUAAGCAACAGUUAUUAAUAAACUGCUCCAGUUUUGAGUGUGGUUGAUUAAUUCUUGGGGUGCCACAAGGAUAAAUUUUAGGGCCAUUGUUAUUUUUUAUGCAUAUUAAUGAAUUGGAUAGUGGAAUUAGUAAAUUUGCAGAUGACACGAUGAUAGGUAGAUUGAUUAGGUGAGAUUUGGAUACCAUCAGUUUGCAGGCAGAUGUGGAUAGGAUGAAUGAAUGGACAGAAAGAUGGCAAAUGCAGUGUAACAUUAAAAAAACAUGAGUAUAGGUACACAAUAAGCCACGAAGCCAUGAUAAUUUUAGUACCGUAAUGAGAAAGUUAUAGGAGUUAUUGUUAGCUCCAAUCUGGGUUUCAGAAAACAAUACAUAGAGGAGAAAAAUAAGGCAAAUAGAGUACUCAGAUUAAUUUUUAGGAAUUUUAAAAGCAGAAUUCUUGAAGUAAUUUUAAAGUUAUAUUUGGCACUGGUCAGACUGUAUCUAGAUUAUGCUGUACAGUUAUGGUCCCGACAUUACAGGAACGAUAUAGGUCUACUAGAAUUACUAAAAGGAUACAAGGAAUGAGGUACAUUCCCUAUGAAAUGAGAUUGAAGCAGUUAAAUUUGCAUUCCUUAGAUGGUAUGAUAGAAGUAUUUAAGUGGUAUAGGGGUUUUAACAAAGAAGACAUAGGCAAACUUUUUUGGAUCAGAUGCCAAAAUAAAACCAGAAAUAAUGGAUUCAAGAAAAUGGGAAGGAAUUGGUUCUCAGAUAGAAUAGCUGAAGAAUGGAGUGGACUCAGUAAUCAGAUUGUUAGUGCAAAUUCAAUAGGGAGUCUCAAAAGAAGAUAAGACAGAUAUAUGGAUGGGGAUGAUAGGUGGAAAUAGGAGGCACAUAUGUUCAUGAUUGCCACAUGUAGGCCUGAUGGCCUCUUACAGCUUCUUAUGUUUUCUUAUGUUCAUAUUCAUCUGAAGAUGAUUGGAAGGCAUAAGAGUCACAUAUCACUGCUAAAAGAUUUUGCCUGUCAAUUUCCUACUUUAUUACUUAUUGUUUCAUUAAUAUUUUGAUACAUAAUGCAUUUAGCAGUGUUAGUCAUAAGGAAUAAUCCCUCUUUUUGCUGAAAAUUGCUGUGAGUGCAAUGUUGUACAUGUUGUAGGUGGGGCUGAAACUAAUUAUUUGAUUUUCUCUUUUUAUAGGAUUUUUUUCUGAAUGUGAGUUUUUAGAAUUUAUUUUAAAUUGGUUGUUUAUUGAUAAAGUUUGUACUCAGACUUUCUACUUUAUGUUGUGUGAAAUGUGCAUUACAUACACUGAGGCUGGGCUGGAGAAACACUGCCACUGCACUUGCUGUAUGUUACUGAAAGGUGACUAGAAGGGACAGAGUGACUAGGAACCCCCUCUUGUAUUGCUAUACCUGCAGUGAAACAAGGUGCUGUAAACAUCUUGCCUCAAUUAGUCCCCUUGUCAGAGAGGUCACCCAGAUAUGUAGAGAUAGUUUUGUUGUUAUUGUUAUUGUUUGUAAUCUUUUAUAUAGCUAUUAUAUUAUAUGACUUCUGAUUUUCUUCUAAGUACAGUGACUCUCACUGUAAGAAAAAGUGUACAGAUAAUAAAAUAUAAUUAUCCUUUUAUUAAGGCACUUUUAAGGAACUAUUCUUAACCUGUGCCUUGUAAUUCAGUCUUAGAUUUAAGGAGGAACACAAUGUCAUCAGUGACAUUUAGUGAUGAAGUACUUGAUGCACAAUAUACUGACAGCCUAAGUGUGUCCCAUACAGGCUCUUGAAGUGCUAGUGCAGUGGUUCCUAACCUAUGGUAUGUGUACCACCAGUGGUGCACGAAGGCCUUCCUGGUGGUAUGUGAGCACUUUCGGGAUCAUAUGUGAUUUGUAGUUAAAUUAAUUCAUUUCCAAAAAAAAAUGCUUAUUGCCUUACACAAGAUAAUCUGGGAUCAGUCAGCUGGUGGAGAAGAAACAGAUGCAUCCCUCACAUUAAAUUGAGUUGCAUUCCAUCCUGUUAGUUCAUUUGUGUGUUCUACUUGUGAAUAAAAUUACACUUACUGGAA